AUGUCUUUCAUAGCAUUUGCCCGUGUGAAAAUAAGAACUCACAAGUAUUUACUUAUAGGAUCCGUCUUAUUGGUGUCAUUAUUUUACGUCUUGUAUGAGAAUGACCAUUAUCUUAACCCAAAAGUAAUAAAUGACGAAAUCAGCGUGCCACAUGCUUAUUCUGACAACGAAGAAAUCGAGGAUUCCACUACAAUGGAUAAUGUACAGGUUUCUUCAAAAUACCCAACUGUCGGGGCAGAUUUUGGGAAAUCUAGGGAUGAAUCAGAUUACAAGAUUCUGGGAGAAGACCCGGUGUCAUUGCCUAGAAGCUUCCACUUCCCUCCUGACCCACAAAACAUAUUUACGCUUCCAAAAAUUGAUUAUUCCAAAAACAACUACGAUAACAUUCAAUCGAAAGUGUUUGAAGAAAAUGGCGGCUUAGACGAUGAAGUUAAAUUAGCAAAGAUCAGAGAAAUGUUUAUGAAGAGUUGGAAAACAUAUAAGAAGUAUGCUAAAGGAUACGAUGAAGUUUUACCACUCAGUCACCAGGGGAAAAACCCAUUUGUUGGUUGGGCGAUCACCCUUAUUGAUUCAUUGGAUACUUUGCAUUUGAUGGGGUUGACUGAUGAGUGGGACUGGGCCGUUGGCCAAAUAGUGCAAAUAAAUUUCAGAAAAUCAUUGCGUGAAUAUAUUCCAACUUUUGAAACUGUCAUUAGAGCUUUUGGAGGAUUGGUUUCUGCGUAUGAUUUAUCUGAAGAUCCAAGAUUGCUUGAUAAAGCUAUUGAAUGUGGGGACAUGUUGGUGGGGAUCUUUGACACGCCUAACAACAUGCCGUUACUAUAUUAUAGAUGGGCUGCAAAAGAUACAAAGAACCCUAAAUUUGCGUCAAUCCAUGGUUCUGUUGCUGAAUUUGGUACAUUGUUGCUUGAGUUCACUAGAUUGGGUCAAAUCACUGGCAAUGAUACUUAUUAUCACUUUGUUCAUAAAAUUGUCGAAGAAGUUGACAAGUUCAUAAAGGAAGAGAAGUUCAAACACCCUGACCAUAUCUUGAACGGGUUGCUUCCAACCCACUUGGAUAUCUCUGGUUGCCAUGCGGUGGUUUAUCCAGAAAACGGUCUCAGCAAUGAUCAAAAAGAUGUAAGCAAAUUUUUACCUUCAUUUGCUAAUGGUCAAAAAGUAUUGUGUCAAUUGGUAGGUCUUAAACAUUCGCCACACGAAAAGUUAACCUACACUCUCGGUGGUCUUUCUGAUUCUUAUUAUGAAUAUUUGAUCAAGCAGUACCAUUUAUUGAAUGGGGCAGUUGGAAAGUACCUUGACAUGUUCAGGUAUUCGACCCUGAAAAUGACAAAGUACAUGUUUUUCAAAGCCAAGUUACCAUCAAUAUUAUUAGCAGAAUCUAAUACGGUUCCUCAUUUGAAAUCUGAUCCCGAUGACGUUUUGUUCUUGUCAGAAUUCAAAACAGAAAAGCCUGGCGAUAAAGUUAUUAGUGAAAAGACCUGGAUUUCCCACUUGAGUUGCUUCGCCGGUGGAAUGUUUGGGCUAUCGUCCAGAAUCACUGGAAAUGAUGAAGAAUUGCAAAUUGCCAAGAAACUUACCAAUGGUUGUUAUAAGAUUUAUGAACUAAUGGAACUAAUGCCAGAAUGGAUGAUUGUGGAGCACUGUCCCGAAGGAACGACUGAAGAUGAUCCAGAAUGCCAAUUUGAUGUCAGAGAUAAAAUUAAAAGGAUAAGGAUGGAAACCGAAGGGCUCAUGGAGUCACAUCUUUCAUCCGACUAUGAUUUAUUGAACGGUAUUGAAUUCAACGGUGGUUACUCAAAUAGAUACGAUAACUUGGCUGAACAAUUACCCGAGAGUGAAGUUAAUAUAGGAAGUGAUGGUAUUAGCGAAGAAGACCGCUUGUACAGAGACAUUAAUGUUGAUGACCAGAAUUUUGAUCAAUAUAAAUUGGGCAGGAAUGGUGGUAAAUAUGAUACUAGCAAAAUUAAAAAGUUCCCUCCAAAGCCGAAACCAAAGUUCCAAAUGCGAUUUCCAAUCGUUGAAUCUAAUUUGGCAGGAGAAAAGCUCACCAGAAACAAAAGAGGUGACAUAAUCUGGAGAGUCGGAGAUACUUUUAAUGUUCCAUUAUACGCCAAUAACAUGGAUCCAAAGUUCAUUUUGAGACCAGAAUUAAUCGAGUCAGUUUUUUACAUGUAUAGAAUCACUGGUGAUUUGGAAUGGAGAGAGAAGGGGUGGAAAAUGUUCAUGAAUACUUUAAAGCAUGUGAGUAUUCCAGAAGGCGCUGCUGCUUUGAAAGAUGUUAGCCAUUUAUAUUUGUCAAAUGGCGCUAUAAAUAAAGGAAAUGCUAAAGACAGUUGUGAAAGUUUCUGGUUCGCAGAAACUUUGAAGUAUUAUUAUUUAUUGUUUUCGGAUAAAGAAGUUUGGAGUUUAGAUGAUUGGGUGCUUAAUACCGAAGCUCAUCCUUUUAGAAGGGCUGCUGGGAAAAAAUGA